AUGCAGGAGACCAUACUGCUGUUUUGUCUUUCAGGGCUCUUCCUGAGGCACCAUGCCUUGCCUCCUAUCAAAUCCUACUACUACGUGGACCAGAAGCUGAGCUGGACCGAUGCUCAGCAACACUGCAGGGAGCGGAAUGGGGACCUGGCCACCGUAGACAACGUAGCGGACAUCCAGCACCUGCAAGAGUCCAGAACGGGCUUUAAUUACGACGACGACUUCAUGUGGAUCGGACUUUAUGAUGACCGCACCCGUUGGAAGUGGUCCCUCGGAGACCAGGACUAUAAAGUUGGCCAAAACUAUGGAACGUGGCUCGGAAAUAACCCAGACUUCAGUGGGAACAAAGAGAAUUGUACAACUAUGUACUAUAAUGGUAGCUGGAUGGAUAAGUCGUGCGACGCGCGAUUUAGUGCAACUUGCUUUGAUGAUGAAGAGCCUCACUACAUCUUGGUCCCAAACCCAAUGACUUGGUACGAGGCGUUGCAAUACUGCCGGUCUCACUACACUGACCUGGCCAGUGUGAGCAACGCGGCUGAGAACGAGAAAGUAUUGGCACCUCAGCCAUUUGAAACAUGGAUUGGUCUCCACAGAUAUCCGUGGUCCCACUGGUCUGAUGGAAGUAGUGCCACCUUCUUUAAUUGGGGAGCAGGUGAACCAAACAGCUCUGAAGGCCCCAUUGCUCCACGUUGUGUAAAAAUGACCGUCAACUCAGGGCAUUUUUUUGAUGAGGAAUGUGGACUUUUGUAUAACUUCGCCUGCCAGGGAAAUCUGAAGCAACGGUCAACCUUCAAGAUAAAGAUCAGCUCUGAAGCAGACAUGACGGAUCCUGAGGUGGGACGCCAGAUUUUGGAACAGCUCCAUGCCAAACUGGCCGAGGUGGGUGUGACUGGUACAAAUAUCAGCUGGGUUCUCAAGGACGGACAGGUGUUUCACAAGGACCAGCCCAGCAAGACAUGAGAGGAGGUCAUCGCUGUGUUCUGCUCUUUGUGUAUUGAAAUAUACCUUUAGUCAUCUAGCAACAGGGCUCCAAAGAGAUCCACCUUUAGGCUGAGAACAUUUAGAGAAUACCAUAUAAAUGGUGCAGUACUUUGUAGGCUAUUUAAUGAAAAAAAUAUUUAUUCCCUAUCAUCUGGUUGCUCUUAAUAAUCAUAGUUUUAGCUAGAUUUGUGAACUAGUUAUUUUAUAAUCAGUGUAGUUUAAUUGUAGUAGUUGUAGUAGCAUUAGCAGUAGUAGUUAAUGUAUGGUUGUACUAGUAGUAGUAGUAGUAGUAGUAGUAGUAGUAGUAGUAAAUUAAUCAUAAUGAUAUUUCAUUGAUUCUACAUUAGUUUCUUCAGCUUAGUGUCUUGUUGACAAAGAAAGGUUGUGUCCGGUCCUUAUUUCAGUACGAUGUUUUAGAAAUCAACAUGGAAAGUAAACUGUCGAUUUUGCCAUUUUGUCCUUUUGUGUUUAUUACAAAUAUGAUGCACUUUACCAGUAUCAAUCUUCAGAAUGAAUAAAGUAAUGUAUCAACACC